GGGUGGGGGAGGGGGCGGCCACCACAGCGGAUGUACCACCAAGGUCAAAGUUCACACAGACUCGCUCUGUGAUUGAUGAGGAUUAAGAAACGGAUUUUGCCUAUUAGGAAACACAGGAACGUCCUCAUCCACACUGAGUGCAGAACGUUUAAUGGCGACCCGGUAGAGACAUCAAGAUGAACACGUUACCAUCAAUGGACCGGCACAUCCAGCAGACCAAUGACAGGCUGCAGUGCAUCAAACAGCACUUACAGAACCCGACCAACUUCCACUCAGCCGCCACAGAGCUGCUCGACUGGUGUGGAGAUCCCCGGGCCUUCCAGCGACCUUUCGAGCAAAGUCUCAUGGGAUGUCUGACGGUGGUGAGUCGCGUCGCUGCUCAGCAGGGGUAUGACCUGGACCUGGGCUACAGGUUGCUGGCUGUGUGUGCUGCCAACAGGGACAAAUUCACUCCCAAGUCUGCAGCCCUGCUGUCGUCGUGGUGCGAGGAGCUGGGUCGUCUCCUCCUGCUGCGUCACCAGAAGAGCAGGCAGAACGAACCGCAGGGGAAAGUCCCCAUGCAGCCCAGCAUGAACAGCAUGAAGCCCGGCCUCACACACAGUGAUGGAUCCUUUCCCUAUGACUCUGUCCCCUGGCAACAAAACACCAGCCAGCCCCCCGGGUCAUUGUCUGUGGUUACAACAGUGUGGGGCGUGACCAAUACGUCACAGAGCCAGGUGCUAGGUAACCCAAUGGCGAAUAGCAAUAACCCUAUGAAUCCUGGAGGUAACCCUAUGGGAUCGGGUCUGUCUGCCAGCGCGGCAGGGCUCAACUCUCCCCAGUUCAAUGCUCAGCAGCAACAGUUUCCAAACAAAGGAGGCUCCAACCAACAGUACAUGCAGCAGGGCAUGUACGGCAGGCCUGGCUACCCUGGAGGUCCUGGGGGAUACAGCGGGAGUUACUCUGGAGGCCCAAACCCCUCUCAAGGAGGUAUGGGACUGACCUCCCACUCACGUUCUCCUGGUGACUUCACUCAGCCCGCCGCCGCUGCAGCAGCUGCUGCUGUCGCUGCAGCUGCUGCCACGGCAACGGCCACAGCAACAGCCACGGUGGCAGCUCUGCAUGAAACUCAGAAUAAAGAUAUGAACCAGUAUGGACAGAUGUGUUCUUCGUUCCAAAUGGGCCCCACACAGGCCUACAAUAGCCAGUUCAUGAACCAGCCAGGCCCACGAGGCCCUCCUGGAGGUAUGAAUCCAGCCAGCAUGGGAUCAGGCAUGAACAACCCCAAUAUGAGUGGGCCUCCCAUGGGCAUGAACCAGGCUCGAACCCCAGGCAUGGUGCCCUUUGGAGCUCACGGCCAAAGGAUGCCUCAGCAAGGGUAUCCCGGAGGACCUCGACAGGGCAUGCCCAUGCAGGGGAUGAAGAGGCCAUAUCCUGGAGAGGCAAGUUACGGAGGUCAGCAGUACGGGCCGAACACUCAGUUCCCACCACAGCAGGGCCAGUACCCCACAUCGAACCCCUCCAGGCCGCUGCCAUCUCCAAACUACCCCGGUCAGAGGAUGCCAGGGCAGCAGAGCCAAGGACAGUACCCGCCUGGCAUGCCCAUGGGCCAGUACUACAAGCAAGAGCCCUUCAAUGGUCAGAGCACCAACUUCUCUGGAGGCGGAUACUCCUAUGGCCAAGGCAACGGGCCCCCGAGGCCGGGUAACUACCCCCACUCCCCGGUCCCUGGAAACCCCACACCACCUAUGACCCCAGGAAGUAGUAUUCCUCCGUACCUGUCGCCAAACCAGGAUGUGAAGCCCCCGUUUCCACCCGACUUGAAACCAAAUAUGACAGCACUUCCGCCCCCUCCGAGUAACCCCAAUGAGGAGCUGAGGCUAACGUUCCCAGUCAGAGAUGGAGUAGUGCUGGAGCCGUUCCGCUUGGAGCACAACCUGGCUGUCAGUAACCAUGUCUUCCACCUUCGACCCUCUGUCCACCAGACCCUCAUGUGGAGGUCAGACCUUGAGCUCCAGUUUAAGUGCUACCACCAUGAAGACAGGCAGAUGAACACCAACUGGCCCGCCUCCGUCCAGGUCAGUGUCAACGCCACGCCCCUCACCAUCGAGAGAGGAGACAACAAAACCUCCCACAAACCCUUGCACCUGAAGCACGUAUGCCAACCUGGAAGAAACACCAUCCAGAUUACAGUCACCGCCUGCUGUUGUUCCCACCUGUUUGUGCUGCAGCUGGUCCACAGGCCAUCUGUGCGAUCCGUCCUCCAGGGGCUCCUGAAGAAAAGACUCCUUCCUGCAGAACACUGCAUCACCAAGGUUAAGAGGAACUUCAGCAGCGUGGCGGCCUCGGCAGGCAGCACCACUCUUAACGGGGAGGACGGUGUGGAGCAGACGGCCAUUAAGGUGUCGCUGAAAUGUCCCAUUACUUUCCGACGCAUCCAGCUACCCGCACGAGGGCAUGAUUGCAAACAUGUCCAGUGCUUUGACUUGGAGUCCUACUUGCAGCUCAACUGUGAGAGGGGGACAUGGAGGUGUCCUGUGUGCAAUAAAACAGCAUUAUUAGAAGGUCUGGAAGUGGACCAGUACAUGUGGGGAAUCCUCAAUGCUAUCCAAAAUUCAGAGUUUGAGGAGGUCACUAUAGACCCUACGUGUAGCUGGCGACCCGUCCCCAUAAAAUCGGAGCUACACAUCAAAGAGGACCCUGACGGGCCACUUGCCAAGCGCUUUAAAACCAUGAGCCCCAGUCAGAUGACCAUGCCCAAUGUGAUGGAGAUGAUCGCCCAGCUAGGGCCUGGCACAGGACCCGGACCCUGGGCCCGCAAUAGUUACCACAGCCAAGGGAACUUUGACUUCCCUCACGGGAACCCCUCUGGUGGUGGAGGUGGAGGAUGUCCCCCUAUGAACGACUUCAUCCAUGGCCCCCAGCUCUCCCACCCUCCAGAUGGUCCUGGUGGUCUCCUCUCCCAGGACAAGCCCCUUAACCACGGCAUGAAUGAUGCAAUGUCCCAUCCCGAUCAGUCCCAUAACUCCAUGCAGCAGAGCUUGCAUGCGUCUCCCCACCCUGGCAGCCAAUCAGGGCCGCCCUUACAUCACAGUGGCCAGUCAGGGCCGUCCUUACACCACAGUGGCCAGUCAGGGCCGCCCUUGCAUCACAGUGGCCAACCAUCGCAACCGCCUCGCCAGUCGCAGCCUCAGCCUCAUCCUCAGCAGCCUGGGCCGAACGGCCACCCCCACAGCGAUCUGAACUUUAACCCCUCCUCAGAUGGCCAGAUGUGUCAGGGAGUCCAGGAUAUGCCUGAACCCUCCCUGGAUCUGCUUCCAGAGCUGGCCAACCCAGACGAGUUACUAUCAUACCUGGACCCUCCCGACCUUCCCUCAAACAGCAACGACGACCUUCUCUCCCUCUUUGAGAACAACUAGCCCUUCACCUCCCCUAGAAACCCUCAUGCACCUAGAGGAGUCGUGAUGUGUUUGACUGUCCGUCCAGAGACACCUAACUGACCUCCUAUCGAUACUUCAAGCAGCUUCCUAUGCUCACGCACGCACACACAUACACAGUUUAUCAACAGAUAAUGUGUGGCAUAGGAGCACGGCUGAAAAGAGGCGCCUGUUUGGGAACUCCAAGGGAGAAAACAGGAACGCCACUCAUCCCCGCACUCCCUUUUUCCCUCGUGUAAAGAUUCCACGCACCAGUUCCACCGCCUCUGACUCGAAACACACCAUUUUCAGCCAUGUUGGCGGGCACUAAAGUGAUAUUAUAUAUAUACAUAUAUGAUAUUUGUGACUUUUCAACUGAAAACUGUGCAGCUAUAAUCAUCAUGUGUAAGCAACACGGAGGAGACAGGAGCCUUUGUGGGCUCUUGGAAAAAGUGUUGCAGCUUUUUUUUUUUUUUUUUUUUUUUUAUCAUCAUUUUCCUUUUGUGAAAAAAACAUUGUUUUGUUAGAGUGUUUUUAUCCUAUUUGAAAUGUGUUCUUCCAAAACUUUGGCACAUGCCAUGCCCUUUGCCCCCCCCCCCCCCCCCCCCCCCC